ACACUCACACUCUCUCUCUCUCUCUCUCUCUCUCUCUCUCUCUCUGUGUCCCGCUGCGCAGUCCCACAAUGACUGACACACAGCGUACUGCUCCGUCCUAAUUCAUACUGCAAACCCUAAUCUCCCCAAUUCCCCUCUCCGAUUCUUCCAUUUCCGAUGGCCUCCGACGGACCCGAUGAGCCCUGCAACUCCGAGACCGAACCGGAAACAAUAGCCCUAAGAAUCAAGCAGAAGCGCUCCCGCCGCGUGAGCUUCGCCGACACCGAGAUCACCUCCGUCCACAUAUUCAACCGCGACGAGGAGUACGACACACCUCCCGACCCCAAGCCCCGACCCAGCUCUCAAAACGACGUCGCACAGGCCGAGAACCCGGUGAUAGGGUUUUUUAGGGACUUGGGCGGUGACAGCGACGAUUUUAGGGAUUCCGAUGACGAUGACCAAAACGACGACGGGAGUAAGUCGUUUUUCAGGCCAAAUGGAUCGCCCUCUCCUGGGAGUAGUGUUCCGGGCUCUGCAACCUCCAACGACGAAGACAAUUUCUUUGGCCCUGUAUCGGCCAAUUUCAUUAGACCAGGACGGUUAUCUGAUUCCGCGGCCUCAGAUGAUAUUCAUGAAGCUACAUUGGAUACUACAGCAUUUUCAAUGCAUUACCGCAGUCUUGCAAGGUCAGACUCCGGAGGAGAUCUCAAGACCCCAACGGCAGUGCGCCUUGCCUUUGAAGAGAGGACGCCAAUCCAUAGUACCAAUGUUACUGAUUCUGGAAGUCUCAUGUCUCUAACAAAACCGAAGAUGCUUACUCCUCAGUCUUCGGUCCCUGCUGAUAAGGUUAGAAGCGGCGAAGAUUCGAAUGACAUGAGUAUUAUAGAAGAAAACCCACAUAAGUACGAAUAUGGAAGACUAUCUCCGUCAUUAGAUGCACUUUUGGCAGCAGGCAGCAAGGAUCUGCAUGCUGACUCUGUUGCCGUCCCUGCCAGUUCAAUGUCACCAAAGGGGGAUGAGGUAUCUGCAUCAGAUGAAAAUGAGAUUGGCCACAUGAGAAAUGGUAGAACUACUGACACGCCUAAUGAGGCAGAAUCAGUUUCUUGUAUCAAGUUGAGUGAGGGAAAUGGUGGUUCGUUUCAUCAAACUGCUUAUGAUGCAUCAUCUAACAGAGGUCGUAAUCCAGCUGCAGGUGACUUUGUUGAUGGCCAAAUCCAGACUCCGAAUCAAUUAAACAAUGUGAAUAAGGAAUUUACUGAAGUUGGAUCUCCAAGGGAUAUGAAAAAAUUGGAGUUAACUGCUGUUAAUGGCAAAGUCCUACCAGAAUUCAAUAGUGAAGCACUUCAGUUUAAUGUGUUUGUCCAGCAUGAACCUGCUUAUCAACAUUCAAGUCAAGGCAUGGUUCAAGAAUAUUCUCUUAAGGAGAAAACAUAUAAUAAAGAUCAACAUUUGGACCAACAAUAUAGAUCACCGAUGGAGGGGUCCAUAUUAUUGUUAUCUGCUAGACAUCAGCAAUCGGUUUGGAAUACUCCUAAUUUGGCAAGACACUCAAGGAUAGUGACUCCAUCCUCGAAACAACCAGGUUCCUUUUUAAGUGCGGAACACACGAAACAUAAUGAGUGGGUUUCAUCAAUUCAGAAAAGUAUUUCUAGAUUCACACUUCCUGAGCCUUCUCCUUGUGCUUCUAGUCUCAAAGAUGGAAUUGAAAAAUUAAAAUGUAGAUUAUCAAGUUACUCAUCUGUGAAUUCUCCCAUAAAGAAUGUUAUGGCUGACAUUAGCAAAGAUCUCCAGUGCAAAUUUUCUAAUUCUCCUACUGCUUGUUUAGAGAAGCAAACAGCUAUGCCUGAUCUCAACAGUGGACAGAAAAGCUUAUUUAACAUGAAUAGCAAUGGGAAUGAGAACCCAAUAAACAUCAGUAUGUUGAGCCAGGUUAACGAGACCACAGACCUUGAUAAAGAUGAAGAGCCUCAGCAUAGCAUGGUUACAAACACUCCUUUGAAGGAUACAUUUGGCACACCAAGAAAAGCAGUGGCUUCACCCUCUCAGCUGUCAUUAUCAGGAAGCAAAAUGACACACCACCUCCUGAUGUUAGAAACUCCCACUGAAGGAUUAUUGGUUUCUGCUGGAACUGCUCCCAUAUUGGCUGGUGAGCGAGAAGAUAGUCCUCCCCAUCUGCAAAUUGAAUCUGAAAAGAACUUCCAAUCACCUUCAAAAGGUGCAGUCAUUCUAAACAGCCCAGAUAAAAGCAUUCCAGGUGGAGCAGAACCACUGCAUUCUAAACCAUAUGUCUGCAGCAGCAUGACUGAACAAUACCUUCAGAGCCCUUCCAGUAAAGAGUCAGCUGAGAACCCCUCCACGAAGGGGCGAAGUCAGGGUCCACCCUGGGAGAAUCCAACCCUGAAUUCUACUGGGAGAAAGGUAACUCAGAGUCCCCUCAAGAAAGUGCCAAGUCAGAGUCCCCACAGGAAAGAAUCAACUCUGAGUCCUCCCAGAAAAGAACUUACUCCAAGUCCUGGAAGAGAACCAAUUCGAAGUCCCUUUGUGAAAGAGCUAACUCGAAGUCCUAUUGUGAGAGACCCAAUUCAAAGUCCUAUUGUGAGAGAGCCAAUUCAUAGUCCCUUCAUAAAAGAUAUGAAUCAGAGUCCCUCAAGAAAAGAGUCAACAAAUAGCCCCUCCAGGCUGGAUUCAUCUUAUGCAGCUGACACUGAGAAUAUGCAACCCUUUGCUGGGAAAGACCUAGUAUCCCACGAGUCCAAUUCAAAUGGUCAUCCUAGUAGUGAUGACUGUUAUCAGGGAGUGUAUAAUUCACGUAGUCCAUUUACAGGGCAAGAUUCAGAGAAAUCUGUUGGACGGAAACGACGAAACCUAGGAAUAAUUUCUGAGGAUGGAUACUGUACAGAUAUGAUCCCCAGAAUCCAGAAAAGCCCGAAAGUUCCCAGAAGUGAGAACUGCAAUCCAGAGUUCAUGCUGCAUCAGUCAAAUAAAGGUUAUGAUGGCAGAGUGAAGUGUGGGGGCGAUACAACAUGGAAGUGCUGGACUGAUAUUUUAGUAAAAUUCUCAGGAGAUACAGAACAACUGCUUUCUCCAUCGGCAAGAAAACUAAAUUUAAGAGCGAUCGGUGUGCUGGAUAAUAUGCUGGUCCACCUAUUGAAGGCUAAAAAAUAUGGGACGUUGUGUUCUGAGGUCCAGUCUCAGAAGUUCGACUGCAUCAAUGUUGGGCAUAAAAGAGUAGCUGAAGCAAGAUUGCUGCUUUAUAAAAUAGUGUAUGAAAAGGCAAAAUUGCAGUUAAUGCAAGUGAAGCGCGAUAAAUUACAGAGUAGAGUACAGCUCUUACGCUCAGCAAUUCAGAAGUCUCAGAUGCUGAAAUUGAAUUACAUUCGUUGUCAGUCUGAACCUAGUGAAUGGCAGACUCAUGUUGAUGAUAGUCAUCAUCAGUCCUCUUUAGUUAAUUCUGAGGGUGAACAAGAGGCUUCCUAUGAUAAUGUAAGCACAAUGAGGCAGGAGCUUAAAGCUUUAGACAGAGAUGUAAAAAACUUAAGCAAUUUCUUUCACAUCCAAUGCAAGUUGAAAGGAGAACCAAGUUGCGCCGAUACUAUUUCAUUAGUUCAACAUCAACUGAAGACAAGAGCAUGUUGCAGGAUUAUAUGUCAUGAUUUACAGCUAUGGAAUAUUGAUCAUUUUGAGAUUAAGAAUGGCCAUUACAACAUUCUUCUCAGUUAUCAUGGUUACGUCUUGCAAAGGUUUAUGGGUACUGUGGGCCCAACAUCAAACAUAGCCAUCUCACACAAUAUGAAUGAUAUAAAAAUCACAAAGGAAUUCCCAAACAUGGAUGUUCAAGUUGCAUUUGGUUUUGUGCUAAAUGCUGAGGCCACCGAAAAAAGUUCUGAGUUGAGAUGUUUGCCUUUGGCACAAGAAACACAAGUAACCCGUUCACUGCUAAGAAAUCUGCUAGAUGUGGUUGAGGAAGUGCACCUGGCUCGACUUGAGAUUGUAAAUUUGAUUCAAACAAAUUUUCAAACUCCAUCUGCUGAGCAACUUGAUCUGAAGCUUUGUUUCCUUAACUUUAAGAGUGGUAGACAAGUGGCACUGACUCUCGACGUGACCUGUUUGAAAAGUGGGAUUUAUCCCUCAGAGAUCCUUCCGCAUCAGAUACAGGCUUCCGAAUCUGCAGUAGAAAAGCCGCUGCCUGAGUCACUUUUAGCUGAAAUACGAGCUGCAGCGGAGAGUCUUGAUUCUGGAUAUACGAGAAUAAUGAGGCUCUGCAAGUGUAUCUCCAACGUGGUGUAACUUCACACACACAGUAUUUCCAAGGGAGGUCAAACGCGUCGCCAAUACAUCGUUGGAAUUUACCUUAGGUCACCCUAGUUGCAUAUUUAGCUAAAGAUAGUUCGAUAACUCGGGUUUUUCACCCAAAUCCUAUAGGACAGACUCUUGUAAUCGAGUUCUAUCGCUCGAACCGUGCAUGGUCACGCUAACAUAUUGAACUUGGCGAGGUUGAGCGCACAUUCUUAUCUUUUGUUGUAAGUUCCAACAUUUAUGAUCAGCAAUGUCUUCGUAUUUUUGCUAUUGAAAGACCAAAAGAAAGAACAAAUUGUUAGUAGGGCUUUCCAAGGGGACAAAUUUAUUUA